AUUAACUCAUCAAACACAAUCACACUAAACUCAAAAACACUGCAUCUAAAAUGGCUUUGCUGCGAUUUUUAUCGAUUGCUCUCUUCUUAAUUUUCGCUAAUGAGUGUACCUCCCGUGAGCUUCAAGAAUUAACAAUGGCGGAAAGAUACGAUCAAUGGCUUGCAGAGCACGGAAAGUCUUAUAAAAGUGACGAAGAGAAAUUAAAAAGGUUUGCGAUAUUCAAGCACAAUGUUGAGUUCAUUGAGAAAUUUAAUGCUGGUGGUGAGGAAUCAUAUAAGCUUGGAAUUAACCAGUUUGCUGAUUUAACUAAUGAAGAAUUUAGAGUUUCGUGGACUGCCUAUAAAAGACCUGUUGCUAGUUCAUUAAUGGCGGCAACACCAUUUAAAUAUGAAAAUGUUAGUUAUCCACCUUCUGUCGUGGACUGGACAGAAAAACAUGUUGUUACUAAUGUCAAAGAUCAGGGAACUUGCGGAAGUUGCUGGGCUUUCUCAGCUGUGGGAGCAACCGAAGGACUAUGGAAAAUAACAAAAAAAGAUUUAAUAUCUCUAUCAGUACAAGAGCUUGUAGAUUGCGACACGGAAGGCGAAGACAAAGGCUGUAAAGGUGGUUCAAUGGAGGACGCUUUCAAGUUCAUUAUAAAUAAUCGUGGAAUCACCAGUGACCUUAAAUAUCCGUACAAAGGAGCCGAACAAAAAUGCGACCCUAAAAAGGUGAAUUCACGAAUAGCAACAAUCACCGGAUACCAAAAAGUUCCGAUGAAUAGCGAAAAAGAUUUGAUGAAGGCGGUGGCAAAUCAGCCCGUUGCGGUGGCGAUUGAUGCAGGUUCACCAACCUUUCAAUUCUACUCCUCUGGUGUCUAUAGAGGAACCUGUGGAACCAACGUAAACCACGGGGUUUUAGUCGUCGGAUAUGGCCGGACUAAUACGGCGACAAAGUAUUGGCUAGUAAAGAAUUCGUGGGGAAAGAAAUGGGGAGAGAAAGGGUUUGUGAGAAUGGAGAAAAACGUUCAGUCUAAGGAAGGUCUUUGUGGUAUAGCCACGGAUUGCUCGUAUCCACUAGCUUAGUUUUUUUAUUUAUUAUCAACGUUUUAGCAAUAAUUUGUUUUUCUAUAGAAUUACGGCCAACUUUAGCAUUUUGUUUUUGAUCGAGUGAUAAUUGCAAAUGUUAUGAAUUUAAUGUCCCUUUCAAUAGAAAUAUGCACUGUUAGCUUAUAA